CUCUCCACUCUCAUUUCAAAAUGUGUGAAUUCGUUCAAACUAUCAUAAGUUUCUGCGAAUCUGUGGUUAUGUGCUGUUCCGAAUGGGGAAUGUGGAAUCCCUGGAUUGGAUCGGUACCCAAUUUAGAGGAAUUAAACUACAAUGUUAUUGGCCCGGUUACAGACUGUACGUUGAACAAGGUUUACCGUUGUGUUAAAGCUGAUGUCGAUCAAUCGAUGGUAUUCAUCAAGGAGAUUUUCAUGCCUGACGGAUAUAAUACAGCUGUUCAGACAUCGAUAAGUGCUAAAACGAGUUUUUUUCGAUUCCACGGUCAUCCAAACAUUAUAAGGGAGCUGCGUUCAUUCAGGAGGGGGAAUUACAUGUAUAUUGUUUAUGAGUAUUUUUCCGUUGAUCUUUCCAAUUUCAUUUCGUUUCCAAAGAUCCAGAGAGAUCCGCAGACAAGAUUGAUUCUUCAGCAGAUACUCUCUGCCGUAAAACAUUGUCAUUCUUAUGACAUUAUCCUCGGGGAUAUAAAACCAAAGUACAUACAAAUUAAUUUCACUGCUCGUUUAAUCAAGCUAGCUGACUUCGGUUUCGCCGGCGCAUAUGGAGAUCCCUGGGCAUCUUAUCCUAUAAAACCCUCCCAAUACAGUGCUCCUGAACUCCUGUUUAGAACUCGUCAACAUUCAAAGGCAGCUGAUAUGUGGUCUGUCGGCUGUAUAUUUGGAGAGCUGGUAAUUGGGAAACCUGUAUUCCAGGGCACAACUACAAGGGAACAAUUGGUGUCAAUUUUUCGGUAA